CCAUGAUCUACAAAUCUCAGUUAACGCCGAGUGAGACUUCAAUGUUAGGGCCAACAUGAUGGCAGGGCAAGACUUAAUUGAUCCCUUUUGGGUCACAGUGUUUCUGGGAAUAAUCACCGUUUUAUUCCUUUAUUGGUAUUCUACCCGAAACUUUGAUUACUGGAAAAAAAGAGGAAUCCCCUAUGUUAAGCCUACUGUACCUUUCUUUGGAUCAACAUUUUCUGCUUUAUAUAAGCCUUUCCACGAAAUAGAAUUGGAAAGAUAUCGGAAAUAUGGACCUCUAUAUGGACACUUCGAAGGCAACAGACCUGCAUUAUCAGUCGCGGACCUCAAAUUGAUUCGAGAAGUUGUGGUGAAAGAGUUCUCAUCGUUCGCCGACAGGAGAGACUUUUUGUCUGGCAACGUGAUCGUCGACUCAAUGCUGUUUUCGCUGCGAGGCGAGCACUGGAAGCGAGUGAGAAGUAUUGUCUCUCCGACGUUUACUACCGGGAAAAUCAGAAGGAUGGUAAGCAUAAUAAAAGAAUGCAGUCAAACAUUAGUGGACAAUUUCAAGAAAGUUUCAAGAAGCGGAAGGCCAUUUCAAGCAAAAGAAUUUUAUGGUGCUUUCUCUAUCGACGUCAUUGCCAGUUCUGCGUUUUCAACUAAACUGGAUUCGCACAACGACCCAAAGAAUAGAUUUGUCCAAAGCGCCAAAAUAGCAUUUUCAUCAGAUUUCAGUUUCAGAUUUGCCAUACAUCAGCUUUUUCCAAGAUUGGCAAAAAUGCUUGGGAUACCUGUCAUUUCACCAGAACCAAUGAAAUUCUUCAAAGACGUGACUCUCCAGAUUAUCGACCAGAGAAAGAAAACAGGACAGACUAGGAACGAUUUUCUGCAACUCUUGAUGGACACUGCGAAGGAGGUUUCUCAAGAACAAAAGUGGGAAAACGAUAAAGAUGGCAUCACAUCCAAUUAUGGACAAGAUGAAAGUAGUCACCAAACCGGAAAGAAUGUUUCGAACAAAAACCUCACUUUGGACGAACUGGUUGGUCAGUGCGUUAUCUUUUUCCUCGCCGGCUACGACACAACUGCGUCCACCUUGUCAUAUGCUUCGUACCUCCUUGCUUUGCACCCGGAGAUCCAAGCCCAACUGUACGAUGAGCUGCGUGAUGUGCUGCAGAAAACAAACGGUGAAUUAACGUAUGAAGCCCUUCAAGAAAUGAAAUACCUUGACAACGUUAUAUCCGAAUCAAUGCGCAUAUAUCCAGCUGUUACGAGGUUGGAAAGAAUGACAGUAGCUGAUUGCAAGCUAGGAGACACCGGCGUAACUGUUCCAAAAGACAUGAUUGUCACUAUUCCAAUUUAUGCUCUGCAAAGAGAUCCUAAAUUGUUUCCAGAUCCAGAGAAGUUUGAUCCAAACAGAUUCACGCCAGAGGAGCGAGCAAAGCGAGACCCCUACGCUUUCAUGCCUUUCGGAGCUGGACCUAGAAACUGUGUCGGAAUGAGAUUCGCCCUUAUGGAGGUCAAAGUGUGCCUCGCUUACGUCAUCGCUAAUUUCAAACUCCUCAGAUGUCUAGAAACUAAGGUUCCUUUGCAAUUUCACCUUGGACCCGGUCUUCUGAUUACUAAAAAUUUGGCUCUGAAGCUCGAAGAAAGGACAGAUAAAAUACUACUGAAAUAACAUUCACUUCUCAAAUGAUGUUUGGAGAGUAGCGAAAACAAGGAAAGAUAAAUGAAUAUAGUUUGUCCAGGAUGAAUUUCAAAUGAUAUUGUUUUACGAAAUGAAAUAAAAUAUUUUUUUUCUAAA